AUGUGUCCCUCAUUUGUGAGACGUUUUCAACUAUGGUGGGAACGUAUUCGAUUGCAUCGGCAUCUGGAAGAUUCCACGUCCUUUGAAGGAAUCGCAACUCCCUUUAUUCCCAUUGUAAAGAUGUGUUUUCACCCUAUACGCAAAAUUCGUGUUGUCUACGCUGUUUGCUCCAUUCUUAUGUUCAUUUGUAUAAUCUGCAUGCUUUCCAUUACAAUCACAAACUACCUGUCCCACAAAACAAUCUUUCGAGUUGAUCAGAUAGCCGUGACGGAAGGCGUUCAACCACCGGAGAUCACAAUCUGCUUAGAUGAGCAUAGAACAACUCGAGGUUUGGAGAGGAAGUUAAAAAUUCCGCCUCCGGUAAAUUGGGGCAUCCUGAAAGGCGUGACCCUACCUUGCAGUUCGAGUGGAAGGAUAACUUGGAGUUCUGAACUGCAUUCAGUGUCGGCCUACAUCAGAGCGGUGGCACACUUUAAUGUGACCCUCUUUGUGACUCCACCCGGGGAUAUUUCCCUCACAGUUGUCGAACAAGUGCCUAUACCUCCCGAUCACAUCUGUACCACGUUUAAAGUCAAUCACUCCUGUUUCGGCGAAAAUCAAUUUUGGAAAAUUGUGAGUCUAACUGCCAAAUGUCUGUCAUUCUUUUAG